CCUGUUUGUGUAAUCAACACCAAUCUAACAAAGGAUAAAAUCCCCGAGUCUUUUGGCAAAGAUGUUACGAAAUUAAUCGCAAACGUGCUCUCGAAACCAGAAAAUUUCAUAACAGUCUCAUUGAAAACUGACAAGCAAAUGUGGAAGAAUGGUUCAUCUUCACCGCUAGCGUCUGUCGAUAUCUGGUCUAUCGGGGUUUUCAAUAAGGAAAACAAUGAUAUCUACACACCGAAAUUUUUCAAGUUUUUUAGUGAAAAACUUGGACUGCCAGAAGACAGGCAA